GCAUUACUCCUGUACCUUCCUAUAUAUCUCUACAUUUACUGCUUGAAUAAAUACAAGAGAACAAGGCUGCCUUUUAUUAUUGUUGAGAUGUGUGAGUUAAUGGGGAAGAAGAGAAAAAUGUUGGAGCUCAUAAUGAAGGGUAAUUUUGAGGAGGAUGAAAAUGGGAUUGGAUUGAGUUUAAGCUUAUCCAUUGGAGGAAGUUAUAUGAAUAAGAAAAUGGAUUGCAAUAUAGAUGAUAACAUGUUAGUAGAGAGACAAAAGAGGAAACUAUUUUCAAAUACGAAAGGGGAAAUUGGUAGUUUUGGCAAUGAAUGUUGCACCUAUGAUGAAGGUGUAAAAAGCUUGAAUCUUUCUUCGAAGCAAUAUUCAUGUGUAAAUGAUCAGAGGGAAUUGAUGAAGAAAAACGUGAUACGAGGAGAGGAUUGUAAAGGCUUUAGGCUUUAUAAUGAGAAUAGGGAUGGCAAAGGCAAUACUAGUUAUAACCAAUGUGGAAGCAGUGAGUCCGAGGAAAAAUUUUCAAGAAAAAGUUGUUUUGGUAAUUAUAAAGCAUUAUUGUCGAAUGGAUCUACAGAGAGAUGUUCUUCGACAAUUUCAGAAUGCCAAAGCUCGUCUCCUAAAGGUAGAAGUAGUACUGACAAUGCACAAGGGAAUCAACCUUGUACGUCAUGUACAAAAGAUGUCAUGCCCAUCAAAGAAGAACAGCAGCAAAGCAGAAAGUCUGAAAUCAACAAGUGUGACAUGAUCCAAUUGCUUUCUCGAAUGCCGUGUGUUUCAGCAACAGGUACUGGUCCAAAUGGGAAAACCACAAAAGGAUUAUUGUGCAAGUAUAAUAGCAAAACGGAGAUCAACAUUGUGUGUGUUUGUCAUGGAAAGUCAUUUACUCCUACUGAAUUCGUGGAGCAUGCAGGAGGUGUUGAUGUAUCCCAACCUUUGAGGCACAUCACUGUAAUUCCUCCUCCUGUUUGUGAUGGAAUCUAACUGUUGAACUUCCCUUUUUUUUUUUUUGUAAUCCUAAAACCACCCCGUCCGCCUCCGAAGGUGAGGUAGAGGUACAGAUUGCUUUGUGGGAAUACGUCCGCCUCCGAAGGUGAGGUAGAGGUACAGAUUGCUUUGUGGGAAUACGUCGGGUAUGCUGCUGCUGUUGGUUUUUCAUAGAGUUGUGAGGGAAGUGUCAAGUAAAUGGGGGACUGCAACAAUGUAAAGUUUUGCUAUGUGUGUUGAAAAAUGAUACUUUUAAAAGAACCUCCUUUUGUUGGAUUUGAAGCAUUUCUUUUCUAUGGGCUUAUAUUAGGACAGAAUUUGGACAAAUUUUUUUCUAGCUCAAUCUCGUUUGGCCGUAUCAAGAUCGUGACUUUCGUAUAAAAAGAUGUGAAAGUUACACUUGACAAGCCAACCAAUUGAAAAUUUUGAUUGGAGUCUUGGUCUCAAAUUACCUUCUAGAUCCAGUACUAUUUUGUAACUACAUGUUUGUCAUCUGAAUUUAUUAAAAAAUAAUAUUUUAAAUAUUUUUUGAUGA